AUGCCUCCCAAGUUCGAUCCCAAUGAGGUCAAGAUUAUCCACCUGAGGGCCACGGGUGGUGAGGUUGGUGCCUCGUCUGCCCUCGCCCCCAAGAUCGGUCCUCUUGGUCUGUCCCCCAAGAAGGUCGGUGAAGAUAUCGCCAAGGCCACUGGCGACUGGAAGGGUCUCCGUGUCACGGUCCGCCUCACCAUCCAGAACCGUCAGGCCGCCGUCUCGGUCGUUCCCUCCGCCUCUUCCCUGGUCAUCAAGGCCCUCAAGGAGCCGCCGCGUGACCGCAAGAAGGAGAAGAACAUCAAGCACACCAAGUCCAUCCCUCUGGACGAGAUCAUUGAGAUCGCCCGCACCAUGAGGUUCAAGUCGAUGGCCAAGUCCCUUGAGGGUACCGUCAAGGAGAUUCUCGGCACUGCCUUCUCCACUGGCUGCCAGGUUGAUGGCCGCUCGCCCAAGGACAUCUCUGACGACAUUGAGGCUGGCGAGAUCGAGAUUCCUGAGGAGUAG